AGAUGGGGUUUCUUUCAGAUUAUUAACCAUGGGGUUCCCGUUCAUGUACUUGAGAAUGUCAAGGAAUCAACUCAUCGGUUCUUCAGGUUACCAGCGGAGGAAAAGAGGAAGUAUUUAAAAGAGCUUUCUCCUUCUAACAACGUGCGGUUUGGCACAAGCUUUAGUCCGGAAGCUGAGAGGGCUUUAGAGUGGAAAGAUUACCUUAGCCUCUUUUAUGUCUCUGAGGACGAGGCUUCUGCUUUGUGGCCCUCUGUUUGCAAGGAUCAAGUGCUAGACUACAUGAGGAGAUCAGAAAUUGUUAUCAGAAGGCUACUAGAUGUGUUAAUGAAGAAUCUGAAAGUGACUGAAAUUGAUGAGAAAAAAGAAUCCCUCUUAAUGGGGUCUAAAAGGAUUAACCUUAACUACUAUCCGAUUUGUCCAAACCCUGAGCUCACAGUAGGAAUUGGCCGCCACUCUGAUGUCUCGACACUCACAGCCCUCCUCCAAGAUAACGUUGGUGGACUUUACGUCCGAGGAGAUGACGAUUACUGGAUUCAUGUUCCUCCUGUUAACGGUUCCCUUGUGAUCAAUGUUGGUGAUGCUCUACAAAUAAUGAGCAAUGGUCGAUACAAGAGUGUUGAGCACUGCGUGAUGACAGAUGGAAGUAAGAACAGGAUUUCAAUCCCCAUAUUCAUCAACCCAAGGCCAUCAGACAAAAUAUCUCCUUUUCAUGAAGUGCUGGCAAGCGGCGAGAAGGCAGUGUAUAAGGAAGUUCUGUACUCGGAUUACGUCAAGCAUUUCUUCCGAAAGGCACAUGAUGGGAAGAAAACAAUCGAUUUCGCUAAGAUAAGAAUAUGAAGCUAUUGUUUUACAGGUGUUGCAACUUGUUCAGACCUGAGGAUGUAUCUUGUACACAGAGAAUUUGAAGUGCCACCAAUCAAUCCAACUUUCAUUCUCUGAUGAUUCUGAAUUCAAUUCCUAGAAGAGCUGAAGCGGUAACCAUGACUUCAUAAAUGUAAACUACAAUCAAUCAAUUCAAGAAAUGAACAAAAAUAAAUUUGAUUUUUCUUUUUAUAAGAUCAGAAGUUGAGUAUAUACAUGACUUCACAGAUGACCAGAAACAAUUUCAAUACAAGCAAACAAUUCCUGAACAAUAGAAUAAACAGAAAAAAA